AAUUCAAGAAAGCAAUAAACCUUUCUUCAGAUAUUUCUCCUUCUUUUCCAUUUCUAACAUGGUAUCAGAGCUAUAAGCUCUUGGUUCUUUUCUCUUAUCAUCACUGUUGGGUAUUUUUGGAGUUGGAUUUUCAAUUCCAUUCCAGAUCUGAAACUUUGUCGUUGGGAUCUCUUCUCCUACAGAUCGGAUUGUUUAUCCUCGAUUUUCAGACCCUUUCUGAGGUAUUUUGUUGGUCUGUUAUUUCGAUCUUGGCAUCUAUUUCUCCAUAUUUUUAGAGUUUUUCAGUAUUAUGAGUUUACUGAUUCUAUAACGAGUUUUGAAAGGAUUGUAACUCAUCCUACUACUGCUACGAUUGCCAAAGAAGUGAUAGAACAACCUAAUGUCAACCUUAAAUCCCUAAAACAGGUGAUAUUAAAUCUUUUUAAUGCUCCCACUACCUUAUCUACUGCUCCGGGUACCAAACCUUGGUAUUUCGAUUCUGAUUGUUGUAACCAUAUGUCUUCAAUUACUGCUCAUUUCUCUUCAAUGUCACCUAAUAAUUCCUUUCCUGAUAUUUAUUCUGCUGAUGGUUCUCCUAUGAAUGUUAGUCACAUUGGUAAUGUUUCUACAAAGUCAUUGACUUUACCAAAUGCCCUUUUAGUUCCAAAACUUAGUUAUAAUCUUCUAUCUGUUAGUCAAUUAUGCGAUCUUGGUCUUGAAGUAACAUUUUCUACUCAUGGUUGUCGUGUGCAGGACCCACAAACAGGACAACUUCUUGGAAUUGGUCGCAAGGUGGGGCAUUUGUUUGAGCUCAACUAUCUGCAUAUUCCUGAUAAUAAAAUGUAUACACCAUCAUUUCCAAAUGAUCGAUUUAUCCAAACCCUGCUUUGUGCGGUUGAAUUAGAGUCCUUGCAAAUUCCAUAUCAUCAAAUCUUCCAAGCUUGUGCUGCUACUAAUUUUUCUCCUCUCCAUUUGUGGCACUCACGACUUGGACAUACCUCAGUUGGUAAACUUCGUCCACUUAUCUCACGUGGUUUAUUAGGAUCAGUUUCGAAUGAAUCUGUGCAUUGUGUGUCAUGUCAAUCUGCAAAGCAACCAGCUUUAUCUUUUUUGAGUAGUCAUUCUCAUUCUACUGCUCCUUUUGAUCUCGUGCAUUUUGAUGUUUGGGGUCCAUCUCCUACACCCACCAUGGGGGGUUCUAGGUACUUCGUGUUAUUUAUUGAUGAUCAUACUCGUUUUACCUGGAUAUACCUUAUGAAAAGUCACUUUGAAUUAUCACAAAUUUAUAUUGAUUUUGCUACCAUGGUCAAAACUCAAUUCUCUAAAAUUAUCAAAGUUUUGAGAACUGACAAUGCUACUGAAUAUCUUGAUACUAAACUUCAAUCCUUUUUGAAAGAACAGAGUACACUGCCACAACAAUCUUGUCCUUAUACUUCUAAACAAAAUGAGCAAGCCGAACACAAACAUAGACACAUCCUUGAUUCUGUUCGUGCUUUGCUCAUUUCAUCUUCUUGUCCAGAGCGAUUUUGGGGUGAAGUUGCUCUUACAGUGGUUUAUCUUAUUAAUCGCAUUCCAUCAUCAGUCCUUAAUAACCAGUCUCCAUACAAGCGUCUACAUGGCACAUCUGAUGAGCUCUACAAUGCCUCACCACAUGCUCCAACCAGUUCUAUAGAAGAUGAUCUGCCUGCUGGUAAUGCAUUAGAUAAUUUUGAGUCUUCUUUUACUUCCUCCUCUACAAAUGAGCUUGUUGUCCCAUCCUCGAGUCAUCCUACUCGGGAGUAUGGAAUCGACUAUGAAGAGACAUUUGCUCCAGUUGCUCGUCUUACAUCUGUGCACAGUUUGCUUGCUAUCGCUGCUAUACGGAGAUGGAAAUUGUUUCAGAUGGAUGUGAAAAAUGCUUUUCUUAAUGGUGGCCUAGAAGAAGAAGUUUAUAUGAAACCACCUCCUGGGCUCCACCAUCCUCUAAACAAGUUUGGUUUUACUUCCAGUCCACAUGAUACAGCUUUGUUCAUUCAUAAAACUGCUCGGGGUAUAGUUCUUUUACUUCUUUAUGUUGAUGACAUGAUUAUUACUGGAGAUGAUGUCGCAGGUGUUGAGGAGUUAAAACAAUCUCUCAGUCAGAAAUUGGAGAUGAAAGAUCUUGGUGUUCUAAGCUAUUUUUUGGGACUUGAAGUGACCUCUUCAGAUGAUGGCUACCUGCUUUCUCAAGUAAAGUAUGCCUUCGAUCUUGUUUCUAAAGCUGAAUUUAAUGAUGGUAAGAGUGUUUCUACAUCUCUUGAACCUAAUGUCAAGCUUACACCUAUGGAUGGCUCCCCACUUUCUGAUCCUACUCGUUAUCGGCAAUUGGUUGGUAGUCUGGUUUAUCUUACUACAACACGCCCUGAUAUAGCAUAUGCAGUUCACAUUGUUAGUCAGUUUAUGGCUGCUCCUCACUCCACUCAUUAUGCAACAGUACUUCGCAUUAUUCGCUAUGUUAAGGGAACAUUAUUUCAUGGACUCCAUUUUUCUGCCAACUCCUCCCUUGUGCUUCGCGCUUACUCUGAUGCUGAUUGGGCUGGUGAUCCUUCUGAUCAUAGAUCUACCACUGGUUACUGUCUUUCCUUGGGAAUUCUCUUAUCUCUUGGUGGAUUUUUGAAGAAGAAGGACCAGAAAGUGAAACCCCUCUUCGAAGCCCUCCAGAAAAUCAAAGAAGAGUUGAUGCUGUUGGGGUUCAUAUCGCUGCUGCUGACGGUGUUUCAAGAUCGGAUUAGCAAAUUUUGCAUACCGGUGAAUUUGGCCAACAAAUGGCUGCCGUGCUCCAAAGAUUCCGAGCAAAAAUCCACGAUUUCCCAUCUCCAAACCUUCUUCUCAUCGUUACUUCCUAGAGCCACCGUCCGCCACCUUCUCGCUGCCUCGUCGUCAUCAUCAUCAGAGUCGCUGGAUCCCGCCGCCGCUCACUGUAAAGCUAAGGGGAAGGUGCCAUUGUUGUCCUUGACAGAACUGCACCAUCUUCACAUAUUUGUCUUUGUGCUCGCCGUUGUCCAUGUGAUUUUCUGCGCACUCACCAUUCUUCUUGGAAAAGCAACGAUCCGUCGAUGGAAACAAUGGGAGGAAUCAGCCCCCACUAAAAAGGACUAUAAUCCAGAGCAGGUUCUGAAGAAAAAGUUUACCCCUGUCCAAGAAAACGACUUUAUCAAGAAUCGGUUUAUGGGUAUUGGAAAGGAUUCGGCUUUGUUGGGUUGGAUUCAUUCAUUUUUCAAGCAAUUCUAUGAAUCAGUAACACAAGCAGACUACGUUACCAUGAGACUAGGCUUCGUUAUGACUCAUUGCCCUGGGAAUCCAAAAUUCAAUUUUCAAGAGUACAUGAUGCGUGCUUACGAGGAUGAUUUCAAGAAAGUUGUUGGAAUAAGUUGGUACCUUUGGAUUUUUGUGGUUAUCUUCUUGUUGCUCAAUGUCGAUGGAUGGUAUGCGUAUUUCUGGAUAGCAUUCGUUCCCUUUGCUAUUUUGCUUGCUGUUGGCACCAAACUGGAGCAUGUAAUAACACAAUUGGCCAAUGAGGUGGCUGAAAAACAUGUGGCCGUUGAAGGGGAGCUGGUGGUUCACCCUAAAGAUGAUCACUUCUGGUUCCACAGACCCCAAAUUGUUCUCCUCCUCAUACACAUCCUCCUGUUCCAGAACUCGUUUGAAUUGGCAUUUUUCUUCUGGAUUUGGGUGCAAUAUGGUUUUGAUUCCUGCAUUAUGGGACAACUGGGAUUUAUUAUCCCUCGACUCGUGAUAGGGGCAUUCGUUCAGUUCGUCUGCAGUUACAGUACUCUACCGCUCUAUGCAAUUGUCACGCAGAUGGGAGGUUCAUUCCAGGGUUCAAUAUUUAAGGAACACGUUAAAGAGGUACUCCUAGAUUGGGCCAAGACGGCGAGGACUCAUGCUACGGUUAUGCAGAAGGCUUCUACUGGAUCCAGCCGGUCGCUCAUAAAGGGUAUUCUGUUUCUGCUUCAACAACACAGUUAGCAAGGGUUGAUGACCUGGAAACUGCAGCAGAAGAGGGCAAGGGGUAGAUCAGGCCUGAAUCAGUCUCCGCCAGCCGCAAAUGAGCGGUAGCUAAUACGUCAAAUAGCGGUGUUGUACUAAAGAAUCUUCUGUGUU